UGGCUUCCCAGUACCCUGUCCUCUCCGUACUCGCAAACUCUCUCUAUUUCUUCUCUCUGUUUAUCUCUCUAACACAUGAGAGCAAAAUCUUCUGACAUUCUCAACCGUUGAUUAUAUCGCCACCGUAGAUGGAGAACACUCAAGAAUACUCGCCGCCGCACAUGGACGCUUCUCGUCCGUCACUAGGAUUCCCUCUAGGCACAGCUCUGCUUCUCAUAAUCAUUUUCAGCCUCUCUGGAAUAUUCUCUUGCUGUUACCAUUGGGACAAACAUCGUUCUCUCCGCCGUUCUUUGGCCAAUGCAUCCGGUCAUCCCUCCGCCGCCUCUGCUGACAUAGAGUCCUCUCCGUUCAAACCUAUACUCCCUUUUCCGGAUUUGAAGAAAAACCAGAAUUUGAGCGUUACGGUGUUGAUGCCUGGAGAUAACACGCCGAAGUUUAUAGCAUUGCCGUGUCCGUGUGCACCACCUCGACCGGAGAAGCUCACCGUCAGUGCUCAAAGUCCGCCGCACUCACCUCCCGUUAAGCCGCCGCUUUUUCCUGUUCCUCUGUACUAGAUAAUUUAGCUAAAAGAUAACAAAAUCUUGGUUUGAUGUACAUAUGGAUCAUAAAUUGACAUUUAAAUUUUAUUCGCUGAUUAUUCAUUUUUGUAUUCAGUUGGUAACAUUAUGGAGUGGUUUGAUUGUGCAAAAUAAAAUA